ACGGGAACUGCCUCCCGUGAUAACGAGUACAGAUUCUUAUGCUCACUAACGGUAACUCCCUGUGAGAGGUGUGGAGUCAGCACUGGCCGCAACUAACGCUCCGCUUGCUUUGCGUCGCAUUUCUUAGUGCAAUCGCCACGUCGGGCUCUUAGCGGUUCCCGGAAUGCCCGCGAAUCAGCACCGAGUCAGCACCUAGUCAGCACCUAGUCAGCACCUAGUCAGCAGCAAGACCCGCUCCCGGUCGACAACGCAGCAGCUAUGUCCGCUCCCCCCGGCCGGGGUCUCGACGUUCAUGCCUCUCGUGAUAACUGCCAAGGCGAUAUCUCGUCCGACGUUUCCCAGAGCACCAACGGCUUACCGAACGUGUCCCCCGGUAGUAGCAGCAGCGCGCAUACCCUAGCUGCUAGCAGCCACUACGGCCUCAGCAGCGUCAGUUUGAACAUGUUCGAUUCGCGUUCGCUAGACGAUCUCCCUCCCGACGUCCUCCUUAUAAUCUUCUCUUUCCUCUCCCGCCGAACCCUCGCCACCGCCGCUGCUGUCAGCCGGAAAUGGCGCCACCUGGCGAGCUCUGAUUCGCUGUGGGAGGAGCUGCUGCGAUCCGGAGAUCCCGAGGGAUGGCCGAUGGUGCUGUUCGCUGAGACCCACCUCCGACUCGGCCGAGGGAGCAGGCCCAAUUGCAGUCAAACCGAGGCCGGAUCCUCGGAAAACAGGCGCCAUGAGCAGCAACAGCAGCAGCAGCAGCAGCGGAAGUUGGUGCUGCGGCAGUGCGGCAGCAGCAGGGGCGUGUCCGGGCUGCCCUGGUGUGACAUCUACCGCUUGCGAGCGCUGCUGCCGCCUGUGCUGGUUGUGGAUGGUGGGUCGGGCUACUGCAAGUUCGGCAUGAGCAGUGAGGCAGCGCCCACAGGACGCAUAGCCACCUUUCUGGAGUUUGGAAACAUCGAGGCACCUUCCCUCGCCCGCCUGCGAGCGCUCUUUUCCUCCGUCUACGCCAGCGUGCGCGCCAUCCCAUCCAGCCACCCAGUUGUCGUCUCCGAACCUCUCUGCUUCCUGCCAGAGACGCGGGAGGCCCAGGAAGGGAGGCGGCGACUGAGGGAGGUGACAUGUGCCGUGCUCUUCAGCGCCAUGCACGUGCCGUCCGUGUGCCUCGUGGACCAGGCCACCCUGGCACUGUAUGCAGCGGGAGCAGCAUCAGGCAUAGUGGUGAACAUCGGCUUCCGCAGCACCACCAUCGUGCCCAUCAUGCGCGGCCGCACAGCCUGUGACCUGCUGCCCUUCGUGUGCCUGCCGCUGGGCGCCAUGCGGGUCACGGGGCACCUCAGCCAGCUGCUGCACGAUGCCGGGGUGGUGUGCGAGUCCAUGUUUACUGUGCGCACCAUCAAAGAGUCGCUGUGCUUCGUGGCGCGCGACUUUGACAAGGCAAUGAGGGGCGAGGAGAGGGGUGUGCGGGACACAUGUGAGGUGCCGGGGGAGGGCUCCUUCACUCUGGGCAGGGAGCGCUUCCUCGCCGCUGAAGUGCUCUUCCAGCCUGCGCUCUGCGGCCAAGGCGGCAGGGGCAUACACCAGGCAGUGGCGCACUGCAUCGUGCAGUGCGCCGCCAAGGUCAAGGCGUUUCAAGCACAGCAGGACUGGAAGGCGAGGAGGGGCGACGCGGGAGAGGCAGAUGCUACAGAGGAAGAGAAAGAUCCACUGGCUGGGGAGGGGCGGGGAGGAGAGGGAGGGGAGAGGCGGUCUGGGGGGGGAGAAGGGGCAGCAGAGGCGGGGGUGUGGGAGCGUGUGCCAGCGCCGUUGACGAGCGAGGAUGUGGAGGAGGCGAUAGGGACCGUGGUGGUGGCGGGAGGCACGUCUGCCCUUCCAGGGAUUGCAGAGCGACUUCAGCUGGAGCUGCAGCGGCUGCUUCCCUCCCCCCUCUCGGACCGACUCACUGUGAAGGCGGUGGGGCAGUACGGCACAUGGAUGGGUGGCAGGACUGUUGCCACUACGAGCUCAUUCUUGUCGGCAUGGGCAUUGAGCAAGGAGGAAUACACGGAGAAAGGGCCGUCUUCUGUCCAUGCCCUUGCCAUGGAUACACAUAACGUGAACAUGUCAACUUAUACGUAUGCAUUGCAUGUAUAGUUAUAGGCUAGAUGGGUUCAUGCCCUUAGAGAGUACAACACCCAAAUCAUAUAUGCCCCUGUAUGCCUUCCUAGAGUUCAC